CCUCCAUUCCUCAUCCUCUUCCUCUUCAUCUUCAUCUUCAUCUUCACCUUCACCUUCCGCGUCAUCGGAGAUACGAGGAACAUCAACGAUGAUCCAUAACCAAACCUCGUUCUAAUCUCGAGAGGGACACACAUCCCCCAAAUUUCUUCUGGAAACCCAGUCCUCGUUUCGUUUCCAGAAGAAAAUAGAAAAUGGAGGGAACAAGUUCCUCGAAGAUGCAUGCGGAGGCGGAGGCAGAGGCGGGGACGAGCAGGAGGCAAGACUCCUACUGCCUCGAGAUGUUCUCUGUGGAAGUCCAAAACAUGAAGCAGGAUCUGACGGGGCUUGAGAAUCUGUACAACAGACUCUGCCAAUCGAACGAGGAUAUCAAGAAGGCCAAUGAUUCGGCGACGAUGAGAGCCAUCCGGGCCCGGCUCAACGACGACCUCGACCACCUUUUCAAGCUGGCUAAGCAGAUCAACAAGAAAUACGAGGGAAUUAUUCGGGCUAAUGCGGCCCAGCGUGGCUCGGGCGAUGACCAGGCCCGGGCGGGCAUGAUCUCGGACCUCGUCGACGCCCUCCAUGAUCUUAUGAGGAGAUUUCAAUCGCUUAGGGGUGAGAUGGAAAUCGAUCAUAGACAGAUCAUUGAAGCCAAGUUCUACACGAUCACGCAUGAGAAGCCGACAUCCGAGGCCAUCGACAGCCUAAUCGCGAGCGAGGCGGCGAGGAGCCCCCUUCACCCCGCCACCCAGGAUCAGGGGAGGGACCCAGUGGCCGAGGCCGUGGCGGAGAUCCAGGAGCGGCGCGACGCCAUAAGAGAGGUCCGUAGGAACCUCAUGGCGCUGCACCAAGUGCUCCUGGGAAUAGCCGCGCCGCCCUUCUCUGCCGAUGUUGGCCUAGGGCAGGGCAGCGGGACCAAACCCGCCGCGGCCGGAGGAGAUACCGCUGAGGUUUCACAGCCGCCCGCCGCCGCCGGGGCAGGAGGCGGAGGAAAGGGCGGCGGGAUGGGGGCGCUUAAUGAUUACGAGAAGGAGACAAGAAAGCAAGCUUAUAUUGCUAUAGUAAUUGCUUUGGUGAUUAUCUUAGCACUCGUUGUUACAACUCUUAAAGUUGAUAUUUCAUUGGAAAAUAGCGGUCCAUAAAUUUAAUGUUACACAUUGUAAAUUAUACUUCUGGAUUAUAUAUAUGACGAUUGUAAUAUUUAUAUAAAAA